AUUGGAACAAUCAUUUUCACUUUGAGACUCGUGUUUGAUAAAAAUAUUUUGUCAAUUUUAGUGAUAAUUCGAAAUUCAAAAAUGUCAAGUCGAUCGGGAAGAAAACGUGGUACUAAUCGUGCCAUUGUUGAUUUUGAUUCGGUCAAUGAUCAACCACAAACAAACAAUGCUACUGGAUCAAAUGUUAAUGAUGAAUCGAAUAAUGAUUUUAUUGCUGGUACUAAUGUUACCGAAACUGAAGUUUUAAUCUCGAAUUGUAUUCGUUAUAUAUUGCUUAAUGAAAAUUUAAAAUUAUUGAUUAAACAAGCUGAUAUUAAUAAACAUUUAGGUGAAUGUUUUAAUCUUGAUCGUUCGAAAAUGAAUCAUCUUAUGAGAAUGGUAACCAAACGAUUAUGGAAAGAUUUUGGAAUGCUUUUGAUCGAAGUUGAAAUUACACCACGAUCAUAUCUUUUGUAUACUAUAUAUGAAGAUGAUUUACUAACGAUAACCGAAAAAAAUAAUUCGGAUGAUGAUGAUGAUAUUUCAUUCGAUGAAACAUUAGUACCGGAAAAUAUUGAUGAUGAAGAAGAAGCUAAUGAUGAUGAUUUAGAUUUUGAUGAUCUUACCUAUGAAGAAGUGUUAGAUAAUAGUAAACGUAUAUUAAUGAUUAUUAUUUUAUCAUUUAUUUUAUUGGAAGAUGAAGAAAAAAUAACCGAAAAUGAAUUAUUCAAUGGACUGAAAGAAAUUGGCCUUUGUAUUGAUCAUAAAUAUGAAAUAGCACGUGAUUGUUGUUUUAAACAAAAUAUCAAAGAAUUAAUAACAAAAGAAUUUGUACGGAAAUCAUAUUUGAAACGUACAAAAAUAUCACAAACGGAUACAAAUUUAUCACCGGAUUAUCUUUAUGAAUGGGGAAUACGUUCAAGAUUUGAAUUCAAACGUAAUGAUAUUUUAGAUUUUAUUAAAAAUAUCUAUGAUGGUGAUGAAAUACAUAUGAAUCUUUUGUAUGGAAAAAUUGAUAAUAUGGAAAAACAACGUGAACUGUUGAUUGAAAAUACAAUCAGAUAUUGUGAUGAUGGUCAACAAUCGAUUGCCAACAACAAUAAUCAAAUAUCAAAUGACGUUGAAAUGGUGGAAAUCGUUGAGAAUGUAGUGAAUAAUAAUAAUUCUUCAAGACGAUCACAACGUCAUGAACAGAUUGAAAAUCAAAUUACUCAAUUAUCCGCAUCAACAACAACAUCGAAUCGAAAUGAACAAAACAAAACAAAACGACCAAUAAGAAUGAACAUCAGUUAA